UGUUGAUCUGCCUGCUACGCUCUGAUCUCACUGCCUCUCAUGUUCCCGCUCACUGUUAAUCAGCCUCCCACACGCUGCUUCCUGCACGCACCUUUCCGCUCUCCGCUUCACUCCUUUCCCAGUUUAAUCUCUCUCAUAUUUGUUUCGGGAACAUUUAAUUUACCUCCUUAUUGAGUGGAGGGAUGAGAGGAGAAGAGAGCGGCGGGAUUGUCUUUCGCCGAGAGUAACAGCGGCAGCAGAUGUUUGAAGAUAAUUGCCUCUCUUUGUAAAGCUGAAAGGGGGAAAAAAGGAAAGAAAGAAGAAUUUUGCCUGAAAGAAUUUCUUCUUUCAGCCUGCAGAAGUUGUCCUCGGGACAUUGAAGAUGGCUGAGGAGCGCACGCUUGUGAGAUUUUAAGCCUGACGAGGCACAUGGACCAGUAACGAGGGGAAAAGGAAUUAAAAAGAAGACAGUAUGAACGCCACGGAGCACUUUGGAUUGAUCACAGGCUACUACAACAGGAGCCAGACCUCCGCCACUUUGACGCUCAACAAAGACUUAUCGUCCGAGGAGAAGGACUCGUCGACAGGAUGCUACGAGCAGCUGCUGAUCUCCACCGAGGUUUUCCUCACUCUGGGCAUCGUCAGCCUGCUGGAGAACAUCCUGGUCGUCGCUGCUAUCGUGAAGAACAAGAACCUUCACUCGCCCAUGUACUUUUUCAUCUGCAGCCUGGCUGUCGCCGACAUGCUCGUCAGCGUGUCCAACGCCUCCGAGACCAUUGUCAUAGCGCUCAUCAAUGGAGGCAACCUGACCAUCCCGGUCACGCUGAUAAAGAGCAUGGACAAUGUGUUUGACUCUAUGAUCUGCAGCUCUCUGUUGGCGUCCAUAUGCAGCCUGCUGGCCAUCGCCGUCGACCGCUACAUCACCAUCUUCUACGCGCUCCGUUACCACAACAUCGUCACCCUGCGGAGGGCGAUGCUGGUCAUCAGCAGCAUCUGGACGUGCUGCAUCGUGUCCGGCAUCCUGUUCAUCAUCUACUCGGAGAGCACCACGGUGCUCAUCUGCCUCAUCACCAUGUUCUUCACCAUGCUGGUGCUCAUGGCUUCGCUGUACGUGCACAUGUUCCUGCUGGCCCGUUUGCACAUGAAGCGCAUAGCGGCGCUGCCGGGCAACGCGCCCAUCCACCAGCGAGCCAACAUGAAGGGCGCCAUCACCCUCACCAUCCUCCUCGGGGUGUUCGUGGUGUGCUGGGCGCCAUUUUUCCUCCACCUCAUCCUCAUGAUCACCUGCCCCCGGAACCCCUACUGCACCUGCUUCAUGUCCCACUUCAACAUGUACCUCAUCCUCAUCAUGUGCAACUCCGUCAUCGACCCCAUCAUCUACGCCUUUCGGAGCCAAGAGAUGAGAAAAACCUUCAAAGAGAUUUUCUACUGCUCACACGCUUUCUUGUGCGUGUGAGCUGCAUGUUGAGUGUCCACCCUGACAGCCGCAAUCAGCAAAUUUGAAUUGAAACUCGGCCGAUGAGGACUUUGAGAGUUUGAGCUGUAAUCACUGUGGACUGAUGUGUGCCCGGUGCUCUCACAGUCAGUCAGCUGUUAAUGAUUGAUUAGUAGAGCGCUCGCCUUUGGUUACAUGAGUCAGGUUGCUGGAGGAGGUAGGUUUACAGACACGCUGUUGUAAAAUAGAGCAUCAUUCUGUAGACAAAAGCUAUUUUGUUUCAUAGUAAACGCAAAGUGCAAUUUGAGGUAAAUGUUACCAAUACACAUGCUAAAACUGUGGUUCAUUUACAGAUCCUUUCUCUUUCUAACUCUUUCUACCUAACACACUUUUCUUGUUGCUCUCUGUCGAAGAAAAUCAAAAACCACUACGCUUAUCUUAGAGAUCUUUACGUAUCAUGGCAUGUCAAUAUUACAGCUGUUGCAGAGACUAACAAUGUAUAUGACACACUACCUCCAUGUCUGAGAGUGUAAUCCACCUCAUAACAGAAACUAUGAGACUAUAUUUUGCACACUGCAAGCAAAGACAGAUAUUUUUUCAGCAUUAACUCCUUUUGUUUUGCAUUGCAAUGAAUGUAAAGAAAUGUCUAGUGUAGUGUUUAUUUUUCCUGUUAUAGAACGAUAAGGUGAAACACAUUACACCUCAUGUAUUAUGUGCUUAUCAUGAAGGCAAAUACAGGGUACAUCCUGCUCCACCAAAGCAGGCUUUUAUCUUCUUCUCGAGAGCUAAAACGAUCACAAAUGUAACAAUAUAUCAUUUCAAAGUGACUACUUUGCAGAAAAGAGGUGAUUUUCCGAGCUGCUCUGAAAGCACGAGAACACAGAGAUGAAACUGGAUGCUUCUGUAAAAGACAAAACAAGAGCACAAAAAGAAAAAAAAGGGACAUUUUUUGCUCUUUACUGAUGUUUCCAGGUCGAACCCAUGCAGCAUAGUAAACAGGCUGUUAUCUCAUGCUUACACAUGACAUUUAUUGACUGGGAUCUAAAAUGCAGGAGGGUAGUCUCACUCUGUGGGUGACACAUUUACAGUAAUGAGGGUAAAUGCUUAUAUAAUAAUAUAAUAACAGAGGAAACAAUUGUGGACUCGUGCAUGACAUUGUCAUGGCAUAUUAGUGCAAUUCUCAGGCACAAAAAGGCACUUAUAUUUCUAUUUUAUUCAUAAUUGAACCUACAGAAAACAAGAGGACAAUUAGGGUGACUUUGACCU